AAGCUUUUGCACUCUCUCUCUCUCUCUCUCUCUCUCUCUCUCAUCUCUAUCAAAAUUUCCACAGUUGCAGGCUUAGGACAGAACACCCCCAAGAGCUCCAAAACACUGAAAGCAGUGAAGAAAGAAGCCAAAAAAGGACUCAGCCAUGAAGAGACUGUGUGCAUCUGUAUCGACCAUUGCAGCCAUUCUUCUGCUACUUGUAGCUUUCUUGAGUGGCAAUCAUCAAGCAGAGAGUCGCCCCCUGUCAAGGGCGAGAGCUUCUUCCCCGGGUUCACCUCCUCGUGAAGCUGUUAGAGAUUUGCAGAUGAACAAGAAGACGAAGGACGAGCCUCUGGUGGGCGAAGAAGAUAGCUUCCGGAGGAUUCCAAGGAGCGGCUCAAAUCCUAUACAGAACAAGAGCGAUCCACCGGUAGAUGUCAGAGGCAGUAGGAAUCAUCAGAUCGCAAGUGCAGGAACACCGUAGAUUCAGUGUUAAUUUGUUUUCCCCUUCUUAGAUCUUCUGCAUUUUUUUGUAGAGUAGGGUACCAAAACUUGUUCUGGGGAGCUGUAAUGUAAUGAAAACAUAUGAUAUGAUCUCAAGAUUUUGCUGAUACACAAUCCGGGUUUCGAUCUUAUGGAUUUGGACCCAGAAAUGGCUCAAAGCUCACUGGCAGAUCUCUGUAAGUUUGGAAUGCAACAAGAAAAGGUGAAAU